AUAUACCACCAAGGAAAGUUUGGAUUUGGGACAAAUAAUUACUUAAAAAUUAGCUUACGAAAGCAGCCCAAGCAAGCCGACUACUAUAUAAACCGCAAAUCAGCUACUCCCAAAACCCACUUUCACUCCACUCAAUUGAAUUCCUACCCAUUCUUCUAGCGCCGAAUCAACUCUGCUCUACACGCCAUGGGUAGCGUCGAAGAUAUCCUAGGGGAGCUCAACCGCGACGCCUUCGUCUCCCUUCUCCAGAAGGUCAUCGGAGAGUCGGAGCGCGUCCAGAACAAUCCGCCGGAGCUGAUUCCGCAGGAACUUCUGGUUGCCAAUCACGUCCUGGAAGUCCUCCGCCCUCUCAGCACCGAGUGCGGAGGUCCGUUGAUUGUGAAUCACGUUUCUUACUCCCCCGGCAGAAGCAAUCUCAUCGUCGAGUACCCUGGCACGGAGUCCGGCAAGAUCCUGUCCUUCGUCGGGAUGCAUAUGGACGUCGUCACUGCCAAUCCCGCCGACUGGGAGUUUAAUCCAUUUGCACUGAGCAUCGAUGGGGAUAAGCUUUGUGGGCGAGGGACAACUGAUUGUUUGGGACAUGUGGCCCUAGUGACUCAGCUCAUGAAGAAGCUGGGAGAGACGAAGCCGAAAUUGAAGUCUACUGUUGUUGCUGUUUUCAUAGCGAGUGAAGAGAACUCUUCCAUAACAGGAAUUGGAGUUGAUGCACUUGUGAAAAAUGGGCUUCUUGAUAAACUGAAGAAUGGACCUCUAUUCUGGAUUGACACAGCCGAUAAACAGCCUUGUAUUGGUACUGGUGGCAUGAUACCAUGGAAAGUUCAUGUCACUGGGAAACUGUUUCACAGUGGUUUACCCCACAAGGCCAUAAAUGCUUUGGAAUUAGGCAUGGAAGCAACUAAAGAGAUUCAGAUGCGGUUUUACAAAGAUUUUCCAGCUCAUCCCAAGGAGAAAGAUUAUGGAUUUGCUACACCGUCAACAAUGAAACCAACUCAGUGGAGUUAUCCUGGAGGUGGAAUCAAUCAAAUUCCAGGAGAGUGUACAAUUGCUGGGGAUGUCAGGUUUGCAACUCUUUGUAGGACUCCAUGCAUAUAUUUUGAUUUGAGAUUGACUCCCUUCUACAAUGUAUCAGAUGUAAUGAAGAAACUACAGGAGUACGUAGAUGACAUAAAUCAGAACAUAGAGAAACUAGAUACGCGAGGUCCAGUCUCGCAUUAUGUACUUCCAGAUGAAAACUUGAGAGGGAGACUUUCAAUAUCCUUUGAGGAGGCAAUGUCGGGUGUUGCUUGCAACCUCGAUUCUCGUGGCUUUCACGUGCUGUGCAAAGCAACUGAGAAGGUAGUUGGCUACGUAAAGCCAUACUCAAUAACUGGAAGUUUACCAUUGAUACGCGAAUUGCAGGAGGAAGGUUUCGACGUUCAGACAGCAGGAUAUGGUUUGAUGGCCACAUACCACGCCAAGAACGAGUACUGCCUGUUCUCUGAUAUGGCCCAAGGCUACAAAGUCUUCACCAGCAUCAUCUUCCAGUUGGAAGACUAGACCCUCACCAAACAACCAUCCAAGUUGGGGUUGAUUUGCUUUAUUCAUGAUCGUAAUUUCUGAUACAAUGGAUCCUGCUAUCUGGAAACUAUCAUUUCAACUAAGUCUGUAAUCUAGGAACACUCUGUAUCACAUCACAUCACUUUUCUUUACAAAGGGAUAUAUACCUAAUAAUGCCCAGGAACAUAUGCUAUACAUUUUUUCAGUUCUUUCCCAUCAUUGGAUUCUCCCUCUCUCCGAUUUAAGCUGCAGGAUUCUAUGGCGUAGUUUUCUCCGGUGUUCGUGUAUCUUCCACAACCCAUGCCCCAAAACCACCGUCGAGUAUAUCCCGUGGGUGAUCAUGGGUGCAAGAAUAUUGUUCGUCUGGAUCCAUUCGUAGCCGAGGUAGAGAGACAAGAGCCCUUCGAGUAAGGGCGAGUAGAUCUUCCUCAUUUGCCUCCUCUCGUACCAGGCUGCAAAGAGUCUUUUGAGAUCCUCACGGCCCGA